GCUCAGAAGGUGUUUUGGCACUCAGGUUUCUGGUUAAAAUGACUCCACGGCAGCUCACCGCAACUCUGCUGGCUCUGUGUUUGUCAGUGCUGUCAGAGACGCAUGCUGGAAGAAUCAUCGGGGGUCAGGAGGUCCAGCCCUACUCGAUCAAAUACCAGGCCUCCCUGCAGACGGAGAAGGGCGAGCACUUCUGUGGGGGGACGCUGGUGCACCAGCAGUGGGUGGUGUCUGCCGCCCACUGCUGGAGACCGAGCCAUUUGAUGAGGGUGGUGUUGAGCGAACACAGUCUGACCGAAACCGAGGGAUUUGAGCAGACCUUCAAUGUGUCCAAGAUCUACGUUCACAACUACAACUACAAGACCUUCAACAAUGACAUCAUGCUCAUCAAGUUGAGUCAGCCGGCACAGCUCAACUCCAACGUCCAGCCCGUGAAGCUGCCCGACGAGAGCUCCCCACCGCUGAGGGGGGACGUCUGCACAGUGAGCGGCUGGGGCGUGACGCAGGUCUACAGUUACGUGCUCUCCCCCGUGCUGCGGGCCGUGGACGUGAGGGAAAUACUGUACUGCAAGUGGUACUACUGGGGCCGGAUCACGGAAAACAUGAUUUGUGCCGGAUCUCCAUACGGUGGCAAAGACUCCUGCCAGGGCGACUCUGGCGGUCCCCUUGUUUGCAACGGUUUCUUUGAGGGAAUUGUCUCCUGGGGCAUCAGCUGUGCAAACCCAUACUUCCCCGGCGUUUACACCAAAGUGAGGAACUACGUGGAAUGGAUCAAUUGGAUUAUUGACGGAGACACAGCAUAAAGAGUGGCAAUAAUUCUUUGAUAAAAAAGGAUUAUUCAAUAUUUUAACCCUUUUAUCUUUUCAAUGAGUCCUCCAAUCUAAACAACAAAUGAGUUAGUUUAUUCCUACAUUUAGAUAUAACAAAUUUGGGCAAUAUGGUAUAUAUCAAAGCAAAUAUAACUCAGAAAUUAUUUGAGAUUAUGUAGUUUAAGCUAUAAACUACAAUUAGCUAAAUUCCCCAGCAUGUGAAACAGCUCAACCAGCACUGGCCACAUGAGAUGGACUCAUACAAAACCUAUAAAAUACAAUAUGUGAUAGAGUAGGGAUAAAAAGAGAAUGCGUUAGAAUUCAACUGAUGAAUGCUAAUGGGACCCUUCACCUACGGUUUCUCUGUUGCCCUAAUAGAUGUCGCAUGUUCUCUGAUCACCAUUAAUAGCCGUCAAUCACUGUAUGAAUUAACAACUCAUUUGUCGUUUUGAAGAGGAUUGUUUCUUUUAUCUUUUAUAGUGCUGAUAAUAACUUCAUCUCAUUGGGUCAACUGUAAUGUUUGAUUUUUAGUUUCUAUUUAAAAAUUAAUUUCAAUGUUUAAACCUUCUUUUUAUUUCUGCUCCCCGAUACUUUAAGAGAUAACUAACUUGAGAAAAUGUUUGUGUUGCUAUAAGUGGUGGUAGGGUUAGAGCUAUGUUAAAUAGAGCAGUACAAAACUGGGGAAUAUUGAACCCACUUCCAUCCAUUAGCAUCUUUUUUCUGAUAUAUUAAGACAUGCUGUGUGUAAGUCUUUGAACUUCAUAUUAGAUUAUUGAAUAGAACAGGUUUAAAAACCUCACAUCCAAGAACACCACGUCUAUUAAGUGACAAGUUAUGUUACUUUAGAAAGUGAAUAAAAAGAUAAAACAUCUGCAGCAGAAAAAAUGUUUUUUUUUUUAAAUUGCUAGUAAAAUAACCUGUUUGUCAUGUUUGUUCAGUUUAUGUUAAGGAUGAAAAUAAAGCUGAAGCUAAAAAAAUUUUUCCA